CUUGGCAGGGCCCUAUGAUUUAUGCAGGAGCAGAGGCAGCACGCAAUCGAGCUGUCAAGAGAGCGUCAGCUUAUUAGGCAAAUGCUGCGUGCUUUCUGAAGAGGGUCGACGCUAUAAAAUCCCACUCCGGGCUCUGGUGUGGAGAAACUCAGAGCCCAAGUCCUUUGAGAGACUGAAGGGAAAGAGAAGAGAGAAAGAAAAAGAGAGUGGGUACAGAAAGGAGAAGGGAAGAAAAGCUUCAGUAAGAGCCCCGAGACAUCUCUCUGCAGAGAGGCGGCAGCGCCUGGCUCACCUGAGAAGCGCCCGGCAAGCGAGCGCCCCUAACAUGCGGUUGGCGCUGCUCGUGUCCGCGGGCGUCCUGCUGGUGGCUCUCCUGCCCUGCCCGUCAUGCAGGGCCCUCCUCAGCCGGGGGCCCGUCCCUGGCGCCCGGCAGUCCCCGCAGUCCCCCCAGCCCCUGGAUUUCUUUCAGCCGCCGCCGCAGCAGCCGCAGCCUCGGCCCGUCCUGCUCCGCGUGGGAGAGGAAUACUUCCUCCGCCUGGGGAACCUCCACAAGAGCCCCGCCGCUCCCCUCUCGCCCGCCUCCUCGCCCCUCGCCGGCGGCAGCGGCAGCCGCCCCUCGCCGGACCACGCGACCGCCAACUUUUUCCGCGUGUUGCUGCAGCAGCUGCCGCUGCCUCGGCGCUCGCUCGACAGCCGCGCCGGUCCCGCGGAGCCCGGCGCAGAGCAUACCCUCGGCGGCCACCAGGAGGCGUCGGAGAGGGAGAGGCGGUCCGAGGAGCCGCCCAUCUCCCUAGAUCUCACCUUCCACCUUCUCCGGGAAGUCCUGGAAAUGGCCAGGGCUGAGCAGUUAGCGCAGCAGGCUCACAGCAACAGGAAACUGAUGGAGAUUAUUGGGAAAUGAAACUGUGCGUUUGUGCAAAAAGAUUCUGCAUUUAGCGAGCGCGCGCGCACACACACACACAAUACAGUAUUCUGUACCAUAGUGCUGCUCUGAUAUCAUUUGUUUAUUUUUAUAUAGCUUGAAACAUAGAGGAUGUACAGGGAGAGCGUCUAUACCCCUUAAUUAGCAUGCACAACGUGUAUUCACGUGUAGUAACGACACAGUGUUAUUUGUAUUGUCUGCUUUUAGUUUCCACUUCCAGAUGUCUUUAGUGGUGUUUUAAAGAGAAUGGAGACCCAGGAGGAAACGUUUUGAAGGAGCUGAUAGAAGAUCCAGUUAAUUAUUUUUAUUGAGGGGGGAGCCAAAGAGAACGCCAUUCUCUUGGUGGCUGGGUGAGACGAAAUCUGUAAGUUCUCUGAAUCAACUUUUUCUUGUAAACGUUUCAGUAAUAAAACAUCUUUCCAAUCCUUGGUCAA